UCAGGGCUUCACCCUCCCAAGUUACACGUCAGAGUACGCGCUGGUUUUGUCUGCUUGCAGACCAGUGAGACACCGGGGCGCACCCCCAGGACAACCUAUGCGGACUCCAAGCGCUGUGCAGGAGAUAGAGCGGCAACAACAUCUCGCCACUAACACUCACGGCGUCUACUCGGCCAUCUUCCCACAAGCAAGACCAAGGGUAGUGUCUUACAACGUGCCCAAGAAGAACUGGAUCUACUAUCCAAAUAUCAACCGCUCUUACAUCAUCGACAAGACGUACAACCCCCGCAUCAAGACGGCGUCCGACUACUACAUGCCCCACCGGGACAUCCCGCGUGAAGCCCCGCACCACCCACUCAGCGCGCCCGCAGGGAAACCCCGAGUCACCAAGGCCACGUACCCGAACUACGCCGCUCACCACAAGUACAUCGGGCAGGGCCGGCUGGAGAUGGACUGGAACACCAGCUACACCAUGGCAUUCAACAAACCUGAGGGAACUUUCCCCGUGAGGUACACCCCGACAGCUCACCGCGACCCCCUGCCCCGGCUGGGUACCUACCCGCCCAACCCUACACAGGCGUGGGGCAAACACGUCCGUAACUCCAAGGAUUACUACGAAAGCUGGCCCAACACUCCCUCUAAAGCGGCCUUUGUUGGGAACACCCAAGAGCAGCUCUACCAACACAGCGACCAGGACUUCUAUCGCCCGGGACCGCUCAAACCCGGCCAAAACGACGGGAGGGUCGCAGGCAAGCCGUACGUACAAGACCGCUUCACACUCUGGAACGGGGCGGGGAUCGGUCCGGCUGGGCGCUAUGGCAACUGGCUCUGAGCAUGCGCAGGGCAUCCCUACCGUCGCCUAGCAACGGUGACGUCAACAUCCGGGACACUACACCACCAUCUCUGCCCAUGAACCUCUUCUCGCGAUGAUUGUCAGUUUUUUAAGGAUUUAUAGAAUAUAUCUAAAUAGUCCUCUUUUUAUAUAGGUGCUAAAAGAAUAUAAACUUACCCAAUUGGCAACACUACAUUUUUGGAUAUAGGACCAACUCUCUCUCUCCUCUUCUUCGACCAACUCAAACAUAUAUACUAGUAAAUCAAUGAAUGUAAACUUGAAGUGUUCAAAAAUGCUGUGAAAGGGUAUAUAUCAACUUUUACCGUAACCUUCUAUUUGCCCCCCCCCAAAAAAAGAACAAAGAACGGAAAGUGCCAAUUCAAGUCGUCACUUUGUCAGAAGCAAACGGGGAAAAAUGAUGAUGCACAUUUUAUGCAGAAGGAUUUUAUUUUACAUUUUUACGCAUUUCUAAGGAAAGAUUAGUACUUGUAGAUACAUCAGUGUCAAUGUUGUAAUGAAAAAGACACAUUUACAAACACUUGAGUUGUGUGUUAGCCAAACUUACGACACGUAACACAACAUAAUGAUCAGGACAAGGGUGUAUAGAACAUGAGAUUUGAAGUAGUGCCACGAAGUGGACAUAGAAAAUCACGGGGCAAGAGCUCUAUUGCUGCAUGGAUGGUUAUGAUGUGUUGGUGUCAGAAAUGGCUCUAAUUUUGUUGUGUUUGAGAUAUUUUCUGUACAAAACUUGCAUGUAUGCAGUCUGGCCAUUUUACAGCUAUGUUUUGGCCGUUAAAUCAAAUGGUUCAAUACAGAUGAUAAGCAAUGAAAAGUACGACAGGAAAAAUUUUGUAUAAUUCUUGUAAAGUUACAAACAAAAAUCACUUUUUAAUGAAAUAUAUUGAACUGCACAAAUUAUAUCAAAGGUAAAAUUCCAAGUUUUUUUUUACAUUGUUUUUAUUGUAAUGUUGCCAAGGAUUCAUUACGUAGCAGUGUUAUAUGACGGUUGAGAUUCAGACCAGUGAAAUGUGAAUAAAAUCUGCACUCAAGUUUAGAAAUGGGAAAGGUUUUAGCAUAACUUCUUACAGUUUGGGUGAUAUGUAGUAUCAGGUAGAUAUAGAACGUUUGAUGGUUUCCUCUGAGUUUUGAUUAUUAGGUUGUACGGAUUGGAUGUGUUAUUUGUGGAAUUUUCAAGGUUUUCAAUACUUUCUACCAAGCCACUGCGAAUGCUGCUAUUCCAUGUGUAUAUAAUCAUAGUUUUGUGGUGACGACCUGUAUAAUAAAUGGACCUUCUCUA